AGGAAGGGAGCGAUGACUGGCGCUGAGGGAGGAGGCCGCGGAGCGCGAGCGCGCCUGGGCUAAACUCCUCUGCCGCGCCAGGGCCUCUCUGGGCUGAGGCGAACUGAGGCUGCGGGAGACAUGAACCCGGGGCCCGCUGGAGCGACGCAGGCCCGCCCGCGUCCCCGGUUCCCGCUGCUGCUCCUGUGGGCGCUGCUGCUUCUCCCCCGCUAUUCGGAGGAAGAGAAGAAACGGGAAAACACCAGAGAUGUACUUCUUGAUGUUUGUGCCACUUGCCACGCAAAUGCCACAUGCGUACAAAAAGAUGGCAAAGACACCUGUGAAUGCAAUUAUGGAUUUAUUGGAAAUGGGAGGACUUUCUGUCAUGAUAAAAACGAAUGUCUUUCUGGCAUUUGCGGAGAGCAUGCUUCAUGCCAUAACACACAAGGAGGCUAUUACUGUGUUUGCCAUGUAGGCUUCCAGGCUUCCAAUAAACACAAAAUAUUUAUUCCUAAUGAUGGCACAAAAUGUAUAGUUGUGGAUUGUGGACCUCCACCUUCUAUCCCAAACACUCUUUCAGUUCCUGCAGAUAAAACCACUUAUGGAAACCAAGUUCUUUAUACUUGUCAGCCUAAUUACGUCCUUGAAAGUGGAAACUCAACUGCAGUUUGCAAUACCAGAGGACAAUGGGAAGGUGCAGAUGUGGUAUGCAAAGAAAUAGACUGUGGAAAACCACCAUGGAUACCAAAUACAGACAUUAUCUGGGAUAACAGCACAACUUUAGGGAGCACAAUAUACUAUAAAUGCAAAGAUGGAUUUCAGUCUUUUGGAGAACCUAAUUUUUCACAAUGUAAAAUAUCUCGCAAAUGGGAAAACAUUACUUUUGAAUGCAAGGAAAUAACCUGUGGCCAGCCUCCUGUACUGUCUUUCUCAAACAUGAUAUGGAAUGGGACUUCUCAACUAGGAAGCACCGUAAAAUACAACUGCAUGAAAGGUUUCUAUUCCACAGGCACAAAAAGUCAUUCUGUUUGCACCAGAAACGGAUCUUGGGAAAUGUUGGAUUUAAGAUGUAAAAAAGUGCAAGACUUUGUUAAUGUUACAUGGAAAGACCCUUGUGUGUCAUGGAAGAGACAUUACGGAAGUGCUGGAGUAAAUGAAACCUAUCAAGUUACUGUGUGGAUGCUAGGGAAUGAAUCAAAGGAAAUGACAGAUAUGUUGAUCAAACCUCCUGCCACUGAGAUGGCAGUAAAUGUGUGUUUGCAAUUACAUCAACACACAAAUUACACUGUGAAAAUUAUUGCAGACUCCAUCAAUUUGCUUUUACGGCUCAGAAUAUACCAUCCAGUGAUUGAAAAGACAGUUGUAUUCAACAACAUCUCCAUAUUUAAUGACACCUGUAUUAAAUGGCAGAGAGUCCCAGCAAGAACACAGUCUGAGGAAACGUACCUAAUUCACCUAGAGGGUCUACGCUGGUAUCAGAAGGAAUUCAGUCAUGAGAUGAUUUUUAACUUCACCACAGAUUCUUGGAAUCCAGAAUUGUGCCUCAAUUUAUCUUCAGGCAGCAAUUACACAGUAAACAUUUCCACUGCUGACAUAAAUCAUAGCAUCCUCAUCCAUUUGAGCAUCCCAUUAGCAGGUCAUUGGGAAACUCCUCAAGUGCCAUCUGGAAUCUUGCUGAAUCCAUCAGAUCCACCAUCCCCAGAAGUAGAAUUCAUGUCAGCACAAGGCUUUAUACCGUUAUUGAGCUUUGUGAAAGCAGAAGGAAGAAAUGGUCCAAUCAGUUCUUACCAAGUGAUUGUCAUUCCUGGGAUUCCACUCUGCAACUUUAAUUGCUAUUCCUUGACUAACCUAACCUACUUCAGCAAAGAUUCAGAAUCUGAUAGCUAUGUGACAGCUGAAUUCUCAGCCAAGGGCAUUCCUGAGAACAGGUUGAACUUUGUCCUUGGAGACCGACUAUAUUAUGGGGGAUUUUACAAUGCUCCCUUGAAACCAAGAAAAGAAUAUUGCAUUGUAUUGAGGACUAUCAGCAAAUGGAAUGGGAUGAGAACGCAGUCCUGUGUAAUAUGGGCCCAUAUCAGAGAUAUAUCAUUCCCCCUGCAGCAUUUGACUAUCGUUAUUUUAGGCUCAGUUACUGCUACUGGUUCCAUCUUUUUAUUGUUACUCUGCCUAGGAUGCAGCACGUUCAACUCCAGCUGAACCACCAAGAAAAUAUUUUUUGGUAAGAUUGGAUAUUUAUCAAAUGCUAGUGAUACCACCCAGAAAAACAGUGCAUCAUCUUCUCAGGGAUUCUGCAGUUGCUGUUAUCUAAUGGGUACAACUCCUGAUCAUCUGGAAGAGAAUAAAAACAAGAUACAGAAAUAUGGAGCUAUCCUUCAGUGCUCAGGAGGAGGAAAUCCAUAUGCAAAAUAUCAUUUCCUGCCUUCCCAUUUAGAAAUAGAUUUUGAUACCUUGUUUUCUUCAUGUAGUUUUCAUUAUUGAAACGUGUCAUGUUUAUUUACACACAUACUCAUUUAAGUCCAUAUGAAACUUGUGUAUCUUCUGUUUCAGUUCAAGACAGACAUUGAAUUUAUUUUGGGAUGGGGAGUUACUAAAUAUUUUUAAAGUAAGAACCUUUAAUAACUCUUCAUUCAAAAAUAAAAUGGAACAUUUAUAGUAGAGGCCCAAGUUAAAGGCAGAAAUAUACAUUUCUGAAAAUCAGGUGAAAUUAAAUUGAACUUGAUGGAAUUAGUUGAAUUUGUUUCCCUUUGAAAUCAACAGGACUUUCCCCUUGAUUUCAAUAGAGUCCAUGCUUACUUUGGUAAUUUGGAUCCAGUCAGUUGGUGCAUGUUUCUAGUGAGCUGUUUAAUGGGGCUAGGCUGAAAAAAAAAAUUUUUUUUUUCAACCAUUCUCAUCACUUUCAGAAAAUUUAUUACUUUCAUAAUUUCCAAAGAAGAAAAAUUUGGUGAAAUGUUCAUUUAGCAGAGAGCUUUACAGCAGUUCGUAGCAUCCCACACUUCCCACAUUGCACUUAAAUUAUGAUGGAAGAUCUUUUAAAGGGCUUUUUUUAUAUCAGAAGCAUGGGCAGCCAGCACGAAAAAAUGGUAACCAUUUGAAGGUCAACUUUUAAGGAUUACAAAAGGCUGUGUUGACAUAGGAGAGAUUGGGGCUGAAAUCUUCAGCCCUCUGGAUUGUCUCCCAGAAGCUUAACAUCCAUUUUAAAGCUUUAAAUAAAAAAAUGUAAAGCUUACAUUAAUUUUAUCUUUAAAUUGAAAAUGGGAAAAAACCUUGCCAUCAAAAAUUGCUAUUUUGGCAUUGAAUUUCAGUGGAUACCUUUGGAAGUUGUGGAAGCCUUGGGCUGCAAAUUGUUCAUCCCUACUGUUGAAUGAUGUGCAACAGAAAAAAAUUGCGCUUUCUGUUCAAAAGUAAAAUUGGUUCAAAAGCACAAAAAAAAAAAAAUUCAAAAGAAUUUUGCAAGCAAAAUGCAAGAGCAAAAAACAAGCUUUCUGGGAAGAAAACUUUGGGGAAAUUGGAAGAUACAUUUCAACACACUCUCAAAUCCAGGGAACCUCUAACUGAGAUGCAUUUGUCAUUAGAAUCUUUUAAAAUUUAGUUUUUGACUUACAAUUUUGAUAAACGAUCGAUGGAAACUAGUUAAGUAAAAAUGUUUACAGAACUUUGAUGUUCACUUGAGUAUUAAAGAAAAACAUUUAUUUUUCACUGAGUUAUCUUUUUCCCCUUAUUUUCAAAUGUACUAUAGUUUUAGUAAUGCUCUACACCACACAACCCUCCUUCUUCAGGUGAUCAGGCCCAUGUAUGGCCCAUAAGGACAGUAAAAGUAUAUAUACAUUUGAAAUGAUUUCAGUUACAAGUAACUUAUGUUAUUUUAUAAAAUGUACUUGUUUUUUUCCUCUCUCCCUUUCCAACCAAGAACAUUAGCUAUAGCCAUAUUCUUCUUCUUCUUAGCACUUUGACAAACCUUGGACCCCUCCCAGGCUGCUAGUACUACUAUCUGAUGUCUACAUAAGGAUCCAGAUUUGGACAGCCUACUCGCUAUUUUUAUCUGUAAGAUGGUAGAGUUUUACAGAGAAAUCUAGAACUUUACCUAUACUAUUUUGUCUCCUUAAGUAAGCAGUUUUGAGGAGAGCACUCCUUGCAGUCUGUCUGUCUUUCCUUCAAAUAACUGUUAAGUGAGGUGUCAAUAUUGUAGUAAGGACCACCCUACUCUCACUUUCCCAGUUCAUGUGACUGCCAUUAAAUUCAUCUUUAAUUUGUGAAAGAUUAAAUUUCACAGCUAGGCUAAUACAGGGAUUUUUCCUUGUAUUAUUCCAGCUGUGAAAUGUAUACGAUUGAUAACACUUAUUGACUCAUGCAGUACCAGUAUUGAUCUCAGUAUCAGUUUGUCCAGGAUUUUCUGAAAGCUUAUUAAUCUAUUAACUUUAUGAUAUAUAUGAAGUCCUUUAUAAAAUGAACCAACUAUAUUGUAAAGAACUUUCAAAAUUCACUGUAAGAUCAGAUAGGGCAUGUUCCCAUUUGAGUAUUUCCUUCUGACAUACAUCCUGUGCAUUUUAUUGUAUAUAUUUUGGGAAAUAGUUUUAUGAAGGAGGGCAAGAUCCUAAUUUGGUUUCUGAAGAAUGUGCAAGGACUGACAUUCAAACACAGAUUAUCCUGUUGAAAUUUACCAAGAUGCUGAUUGACUUAUUUGCAGUUAAGAAGGCGACCUUCCCUUUUUCAUUGACAACCCAAUGAAGUUGCUAAGUGGAAUCCUUACAGCAGGGGAAAAGACAAGAAAAACAAUGGGGAUAAGUGAAUCAGGAAAUGACUCAGACGUCUGACAUCAACACAUUAGGCAUCCUUAGAAAUUAGUAGGUUUCUCUCUUUCAAUUCAGCCUUGAACAUUUCACUCUUUGGUGAAAACUUGAAGCAAGUUCCUGGAAGACAGUGAUAACUGCUGUAGUUUUCCUGUUACUGAUAGAGAUAGGUCUUACAGAAAAGAGGGUACUGGGGGGUCAGCCUGACAUUUUGAAGUUGUAGAUACAUGGUUGGUUUUUACAUUAGCUUUAUCUGCUUUUAUGGACAUUUGUUUGAAAGUUUAAACAGAGAUCGCUCUAUCGACUUAUUAAGUAUUCUUUGAAAAAAUGCAGUUGUGGGCUAUAAGAUCUGACAUCACCCAAGGAAGAUCUACAUCAGUGUUUUUCAACCUUGGCAACAGAAUUCUGGGAGUUGAAGUCUAUAUGUCUUAAAGUUGCCAAGUUUGAAAAACACUGUUCUACACCUUCCUCCCUUUCCUCUACUCAUAUAUGAUCAAAAGUUUCUCCAAAAGUUUGAAGUCCCUCUUGAAUGGAUCAGGCUUAAGUAUGUGCAGUAUGAAUAUGACACACAGCAAGAUUGCUGUUGAGUAUCUGAAAACAGUGAAUUACUUCAGGGAUUUUUUUUUAAUGAUACAAAACAAGGCAAUACAAACAUCCAAUCAGUGAUGUUUGCAUAGUGGUGAUUGCACUUGCAUAUGACCAGUUAACAAUCACAGUGUCUGAAUUAUGUGAAUUUUCAGCUACAGCCUAUGGAUCAACAGUUGUGUGAAUUGCUCCCUGCUUAGAAAUAAAGAUGUGAGAUGCCUAGUUAUUUUGAAAUAAGGCCACAAUCAGAGCUCUCUUGGAUCUGCAACCUAGUUAAGAGGAUUCAGCAUGCUCAAUAGAUACAAAAUUCUGAAUAUCUAUGGAGGAAAGAGAGAGAUUUCCAAAUAAAGGGCAAUGCAGUGGAAUGGAAGAUCAUGACCCGUAGAACAUCAUACUGAAAUGUUUUAUUUAGUUCCUUACAUCUAAUAACAACUUCGAGUAUCUGAGUGACUAUUCUUGCAUAGACAAAGUAACAUCCGUACAUGAAGCUGGAUUACCAGUAGGUUUAUAGGAAUACCAAGAUCUGCAAAAAUAGAGGGAAACUUCCAAUAAGUGUGAGGGACUCCCAAAACUGUUUAAUGAAGUGUGAACACUGAAAGAACCAUCUUUGUGUAUUCUUUAUAUAUUGUACUACAGUACUUUAUAAUACUGUAUUGUACUAGUGAAUUCUUUAUAUAUAAUACUACAGUACAAUAUAAUAUUCUAAGAUCUCUUAAUGAAGAACUAACUAAACUGAAUUUCAUGAUUCUGAGAAUGCACAUCUGUCUAUGA